AUGUCUGAUUCCAACACAACCGACAUCACCAACCCCUCCACCUUCAUCCUGCUGGGCAUUCCUGGACUGGAGGUGGCCCAUGUCUGGAUCUCCAUCCCCUUCUGCACCAUGUACGUCAUAGCCAUCUUGGGGAACUUCGCUAUCCUGUUCAUCAUAAAGAGGGAGCGGAGCCUCCGUGCUCCCAUGUACUAUUUCCUCUGUAUGCUGGCCGUCACUGACCUGGUCCUGUCCACAGCCACUUUGCCCAAAAUGCUGAGCAUUUUCUGGUUCAAUUCCAGGGAGAUCAAUUUCAGUGCCUGCCUCACCCAGAUGUACUUCAUUCACUGCUUCUCAGUGAUGGAGUCUGGGAUAUUUGUGGCCUUGGCUUUGGAUCGCUACGUGGCCAUUUGUGAUCCCCUGAGACAUUCCACCACCCUCACAAAUUUUGUUGUGGCCAAGAUUGGCCUGACUGUGCUGCUGCGCAGCACCAUACUUGCAUUGCCCUAUCCGUUCCUAGUGAGGUGGUGGUCAUAUUGCAGAACCAACAUCAUCCCCCAGUCCUACUGUGAUCAGUUUGCUGUAGCGAAGCUGGCCUGUACCGAUACCCAUGUCAGCAGCUACUAUGGCUUCUUUGUGGUAUUCUCUGUGAUUGGUCUGGAUGUGCCUUUUAUCACCAUGUCCUAUAUCCAAAUCCUCAGGGCCAUCUUCAGCCUCCCCACAAAGGACGCCCGGCUGAAAACCUUUGGGACCUGCAGUUCCCACCUUUGUUGCAUAUUAUCUUUCUACCUUCCAGCGUUCUUCUCUUCCACACGUCGGUUUGAUCACAAAGUGCCCCUGCAUGUCCUUGUUCUCAUUGCCAAUGUGCACCUUCUGGUGCCCCCCUUGCUUCACCCCAUCAUCUAUGGGGUGAGGACAAAACAGAUCCGGGACAGACUGCUCAAGUUCUUUACUUGUAAAAGGACCUAA